GCGGCACACUCCCACCAUGGAUCUUGUGGACCACGGCUAUUUGGACGCGCGCUCUCCCUACGACUACACUUUCAAUUUCUGGAACGACUACCUGGGCCUGGCGACACUUGUGGCCCCCAACAGGGUGCGCGGCCCCCCCUGCGGCCCCAACUCCAUCACGGAGUCUCUAAAAGCCACGCUGGGCUUGGACGACGGCGUGACAACGCCGAGCGGGGACUACGAGCUCCAGGAGCGGAUCUCGCUCCUCCGGCCGUACGGACGACUCGGGGCCGGCGGCGGUGGCGGCGGCGGCCUGGGGGGGUUAGAGGUGCUCUCGGCGGAGCGGCGACGCAAGCAGGCCAAGCCCGAGCCCAAAGUCUGCGUGUUCUGUCGGAACAACGGCGCGCCGGAGGAGGUGUACGGCACGCAUAUCCUGAAGACGGCGGACGGCCGGGUGCUGUGUCCCAUCCUGCGGGCCUACACCUGCCCCCUGUGCGGCGCCAACGGGGACAACGCGCACACCAUCAAGUACUGCCCGCUGUCCAGGGAGCCGCCGGGCGGACACAGGCUGCUGGCCAGAGGGAGCAGAGGGACCGGCAAGAGACUCAAGAUCUUCUCCUGAAGUCAUGUUUACAUCCCUUUUCUUGCAUAUGGAUGUGAUCCAGCCUGCACAUUUAGAACCACAUCCUAGUCACGUGCUCAGAUAACAGACAUCUUAUUCAGUUAAAGCCUUUUGAAUGAGUUGGAAUUAAGAUGUCAAACUGUAGGUUUCAUUUAGAUCGGGGGUCGGCUUAGAGCUACGUCGAUGGCGAGCUACCAGUGGACCGCGGGGGGGUGUGUCAGUCCAUCUCCAGCCAGGCUUUUAAGAAAAAUAGACCUAAAAAUGAGUGAUCGAUCUUCACCAAGACGUCACUUAAAUGACAUUCACGGUACCGGAGGGUCUUGUGAGAUCAUUAUUAUGAAAAUAUGACCGAGAGGAAGGCGAGAAACCACUUUUUAUUUCAAUAGAGUCUCGCGCAGUACCUUCCGUCAAAACUCUAAAGGCCGACUGCACAUUUCCUAUCUUCACAAUAAAAGCCCUGCUUCAUGCUGCCUGCGCUAACUAAAUACAGAGUCUGGGAAAACUGGCGUGCACAAGUUUCUGAGACUCUUAUCAAUGUUCAAGUAAAUAUAGAUUUUUUGUUGUAAAGAAUAAUACAUUUUAAUUUAAUUCUUCAUUUUAGCUUCUGGGCUUCACGGUGGCAGAGGGGUUAGUGCGUCUGCCUCACAAUACGAAGUUCCUGCAGUCCUGGGUUCAAAUCCAGGCUCGGGAUCUUUCUGUGUGGAGUUUGCAUGUUCUCCCCGUGAGUGCGUGGGUUCCCUCCCACUUCCAAAGACAUGCACCUGGGGAUAGGUUGAUUGGCAACACUAAAUUGGCCCUAGUGUGUGAAUGUUGUCUGUCUAUCUGUGUUGGCCCUGCGAUGAGGUGGCGACUUGUCCAGGGUGUACCCCGCCUUCCGCCCGAUUGUAGCUGAGAUAGGCGCCAGCGCCCCCCGCGACCUCGAAAGGAAAUAAGCGGUAGGAAAUGGAUGGAUGGAUGGAUUUUAGCUUCUGUUUUUUCGACGAAAAAUAUUUGUGAAAUAUACUUAGGAUUAAAAUUCCCCAAAAAUAUUCUGGCAAAUCUGUAGAAUCAAAUUUAAAUCUUAUUUCAAAGUUUUUUGAAUUUCUUUCAAAAUUUUUGUUUUGGAAAAAUCUAGAAGAAAUAAUGAUUUGUCUUUGUUAGAAAUAUAGCUUGGUCCAAUUUGUUAUAUAUUCUAACAAAAAAAAGUGCAGAAGGGAUUUUAACCUAUUUAAAACAUGUCAUCAAAAUUGUAAAAUUAAUCUUAAAUCAGGAAAAAUUACGAAUGAUGUUCCAUAAAUUCUUUUUUUUUUAAUUUUUCAAAAAAAUUCGAAUGAGCUAGUUUUUCUCUUCAUUUUUUUCGGUUGAAUUUUGAAUUUUAAAGUCGAAAUUGAAGAUAAUAUGUUUCAAAAUUAGAUUUUCAUUUUUUUCCUGUUUUCUCCUCUUUUAAACCGUUCAAUUAAGUGCUUUUUUCAUCAUUUAUUCUCUACAAAAAAACCUUCCGUAGAAGGACAAAAAACAGACAGAAAUACCCAUUUGUUUUAUAUAUAUAGAUUUAUCUAUUAAAGGUAAAUUGAGCAAAUUGGCUAUUUCUGGCAAUUUAUUGAAGUGUGUAUCAAACUGGUAGCCCUUGGCAUGAAUCAGUACCCAAGAAGUAGCUCUUGCUUUCAAAAAGGUUGCUGACCCCUGAUCUAACCACUAGGCCACUGAUAACAACCCCGGAAGUAAAUUUGACCCCAAACUAACAAGUUUCGAGGCACAAAUCCGAUCCAGAUCCAAACUGAUUUCCACUCCAUGCUGGAGGUGUGUACAAAGUAUCGGUCUGGUGACCAAAAAAAGAACCAAAGCACGACCACUUUUCACUUCCAGUGGUUGACAUGAAGGUGCACUGUGAGUGCAGGACCAGUGUGCAGCACAUUAAAGGGUCCUACAUGCAACAAACACUUUGUUUCCCAGCACUGUAAUGUUUUCUACCAAAAAAGAACACACUUUAUGUAUGUGACCUAACUCCUGCAUAUAUUCUUCACCUGGCUAUUUUUUGAUGUGGAUAGUAUUUUGCAUAUCUGGACUGAAUGUAAAAUAAAAAUGGUGGAAUGUAGACGUGACAAGCAACACGCUAGUUUAGUUUGGGGAAAUAAAGCUACAUUGAAUCUUGUGAAGCAGUUUUAGCAAGGAGAAGCGCGACAUUCCAAAGUUUAUCUGUGAUAGCAAAUGUCUUAUGUACUUUUUACUUGUAUUAUUGUAAAUAAGCUCUGAAUAAAAUAUGGAAAUUUGCAUUUA